UGGGGAACCGAGGGUUUUUUAGUUAUACUCUGCUUUUAAUCUCUUCUUUUGUGAAUAAGGCUUACUUUUCCGGAAUCCGUUGAUCACUCAUACUGUGCUUCGUUUGCUGUUUUUGCUAAAUUUUCCUUGUUUGAUUUUUUUUUUUUGCUUCGCCAUGGCUGGGGCUGAGCUAGAUUUGGAAAUGUUAGCCCGAAAUUGACCGGGCCCGCAUAUAAGCCUCGGCGGGCCAGUUUAGCGAAUUUUUGUUUUAAAAAAAACCCUAAAUCUAAAUCUGAUUUAAAUUCCUCUUCUCUCCCACCCACUCAAGCCUCCGCCGCCGCCACAACUCAUUCGUUAUCAUUCCUCCACUGCCUGUUUCCACCUCAUAAAGGGGCGAAGGACCAUAAGAGAGUUGGCUAGCAGGUGAAACUUCAUUAUAUUUUUUAGGAUGAAUCAAUAUAAUCAAGGGGAGAGCUCAAGUGGCCUUUCUAUACUUCCAUUAAAGCGUAGGCGUGGUCGUCCUCGCAAAGAUCCGAGCCUAAAGCGUGCACAAGCUGCUCAUGCACCACCUGGUUAUGAAGGAGCAAAAGAAUACCAUCCCCAGCGAGCUGACCGAGCUGAUGGAGUCAACAGUAUGGUCGGCCAGGCAGUAAGUGGUGUUGUUGAGGCCACAUUUGAUGCUGGUUAUUUGCUUACUGUUCAAAUUGGAAACUCCACUACAAAGUUGAGGGGUGUUGUUUUUAAACCAGGAAAUUAUGUCCCGGUCACAGCUGAAAAUGAUGUUGCUCCUCAUCUUCAAAUGAUCAGGAGAAAUGACGUUCAGCUCCCUGCUGAAAACCGUGGCUGGUCCCGUCGCCAGAAACUUGCUAUCCAACCUGGAGCACUGGGGCCUUCAAAACGCAAGAGCGGAACGCCAGUAGCAGCUCCUUCUGUCCCAACAGUGGGCGCGAGAGGCACUGUUGUUCCUGUUGUGCUUCAACCCUCUAGUUUUCAAAAUGGAUUGCCAACUUCAAACAAAAUGCCUUCAGAUGCAUCCAGAACCUCCCAUGUGUUGUCAUUCGGAGAUAAAGAUGUCCAUAUGGCUGAACCCUUAUCCAUCUUGCCUCCGGAUAAAUCUAUACCUGUUAGCCAGUUAUUUCUAGGCGCACAACCCCACACGAGUCAUCAAAUUUCCCAAGGGACGGAGAAGAAUGACAACAAUCCAUUCAAUGAAGGAGGCACUUCUGAGGUUAGACUAGGAGAGAAGGAAAAUCCAACUGAAUCAACUGAGAAUGACAUUUCGGGCUCUUCAGAAUCUUCAGAUACUCAAACUGAUAGUGGUAAGGAAGCAACUAAAUCACCAGCAGAAGAUGCAGGCAUAGUCUCCAAGCAAGACACUCAGCCUUUCUCAACUGAGUCAGUGCAGAGUGCUUCCAUAACAAAACCAUUCUUCAACUAUGGAACUGGCAGGAUGACCGAGCUCUUACAGGCUGUCCAGGAGAAUAUGAAAGAUACCCGGACACAAAUUGCUGAACAUCCACCUUCCAGUUCAAAUUGUGACGCCCGUGCAGAAAAUGACACAAAACUGGAAGGCAGUGCAGCUCCAUGAUCGAUACACUUAAACAUUUAUUUGCACCUGAUUUGCUUACUUGUAUAGCAUAGUUGUGCUGGAACUCUUAAGCAACUGCAGUGGCCAACAUCCCAAAAGUGUAGAGCAGGAGAUGAAUUUUACAGUGAUGAAAUUUAGGGAUAUGUUUAUGUUUUGUUGUAGAUGCAAAGCCUUUCAUGACCAUUUGUAACUUUGUAUCCUUAUUUUCCAAAAGUUACUUGUUUCUCUCUCAUGAGCUUUCAUCCUUAUUUGGUGGAAUGCACACUUUUUCCCUUCCAUCCCA